AUGGAUUCUUCAGUUGCUACUGAUAUUAACAAUGCUAAAGAUUAUACAGAUGUACAUUUGGAAAGGAUAAUCAGGAAUUCUAUUGAAAAGGAGUCUGGUGCGAAUUCCGGUUCAUCAGGGGCGGCUACUGUCGAUGCCGGUUCAUCAGGGGCUGCUGACGAGGCUGGUUCACCAGGGGUUGCUGCCGAGGCUGGUUCAUCAGGGGCUGCUGCCGAGGCUGGUUCACCAGGGGUUGCUGCCGAGGCAGGUUCAUCAGGGGCUGCUGCCGAGGCUGGUUCAUCAGGGGCUGUUGCCGAGGCUGGUUCAUCAGGGGCUCUAGUGGCAAAGGAGAAGAUCAGUGAAAAGAAGAAAAAGAAAAUCAAAGUAGUUGCUACAAAGGGUAAAGCAAAAAAGGUUGAAAAAAGAGUGAAAGAAAAGCAUAAUGUGAAGUUUGAGGAUCCAGACAGUGAAGAUGUUGUUGAUGAAGUGCAGAAAUCAAAAUCUGUUGUUUAUGGGACGUUGCGUAAUAGGAUGUCACCUUCAUCUGUUGUUAAUGUUUUUAAGGAGUUUUCUGAAGAUCAGUUGACUUCCAUUAGAGCUAUAGGAUUUGGGUCUUUGGAGUUUUUGAAAGUGUCCCAACUGCCUUUGCAAUUGGGUUUUUGGUUAGUCAAGCACUUUGAUGCUCAUAGUUGUACGUUGAAUAUUCCUGAUUCCGAUCCUUUCAAAAUUACGGAACAACAUGUACAUGAUGUCCUAGGGCUGCCAGCUGGAGGCAUGGAGAUGGAUGCUAAUCUUUUUUCAAAGGAUGAUAAAGUUAUUAACCAGUGGAAAAAACAGUUCCCAAAGAACUCAUUAUCUGUGAACAUUGGGGAACUUUCAAUGUACUUGAAGAACCAUAAAUCAGCUGGGCCAAUGUUCAAACGCAAUUUCGUAGUUCUUUGUGUUUCCACUUUAAUGUCAGGAGGACAAAACAAGAAUGUUAAUCAUGACGUUCUCAGAUAUUUGAGUAAUGUUGCUAAAAUCAAGGAUUUAAAUUGGUCGAAUUUUAUCCUUGAUUCUCUUGUGAAGGCGAAGAUCAAAUGGGAUGAGCUUCCUACUUGCUACUUUCCAGGAUCUUUAUUAUUUCUUAUGGUAUGUUUUUAUGUGUUGCAUUUUAUUGUUUGAAAAAUAGCAGGAUCACCUGCAACCCCCUUCCUCCAUUAAACAAGAACACACACACACACUUACACACACACAUACACAUA